AUGGAUGAUUUCCAAAAAUUAGAUCUUCAAGAUGACUUGCCAAUACCAUUGCAAACUAAAAAAUACUUUCCAAAUAAUUUGGUUCAUAGUAGAAAUAAUAUCCCAAUUAGUUUAUCACAAGAUAAUAUUGUUAAAAGGGAUAGUACAGAUCUAGAAUCUAAUCAACCUAAUAACCAAAAUAAUAAUAAUCAACAUAAAAACAGUACAUUUAUUAAAUUUAGAGGUUGGUGGUGGCAUAGAGGCAUUUCAUUUUAUAUAAUGUUGUUUUAUAUUGCAUUAAACCUAGGUGUUGGAGCUCACACUUUUUAUAAUAUGUAUCAUAGUCCGAUUGGUCAAGAGUUUUUAGGCUUAUCCUUUUGCUUUUCAAGAACUGCUGCUAGAUUAAUCAAUUUAAAUUCCGCUGUAAUAUUAUUACCCGUUUUACGUAAUCUCCUUUCAUGGUUAAGAGGUACUUGGAUUAAUAACUAUGUACCUAUUGACAAGCACUUAAAUUUUCAUAAACUAUGUGCUUUUAUGUUAUUUUGUUGUACUAUAAUUCAUUGUGUUGGUCAUUAUGUCAGUUUUAGAAAAAUUAAUUUAGAUCUAGAAAAAAUGAAUAAUGGUGACGAGAAUGACCCAAGUAUCGCAGGAAACUAUUUAAAUGUCGAUAUAUCAAAGUUUCCAGAUGAUAAAUACCUAUUCUACAAAUCUGUACCUGGUAUUACCGGUCAUAUUAUGUUAAUUAUAUUUAUAUUAAUGUUUUCAUCAUCGAUGUGGAGAAUCAGAAGACCAAUGUUCGAAAUUUUCUGGUACACUCAUCACUUAUUUAUUCCAUUCUACAUUUUGUUGUGCUUCCAUGGUUAUUCAAAAAUAUUAAAAAGAGAUCCCCAAUCAUGGAUGUGGAUUAUUGGCCCAUUUGUAUUUUAUGCAAUCGAGCGUAUUAUAAGAAUUGCUCGUGGUAAAAAGACAGUUGUAAUUGAAAAAGCAAUUAUGCAUCCAAGUAAAGUAUUGGAGUUACAAAUGAAAAGAGAUAAUUUCAAUUUUAAACCAGGCCAAUAUUUGUAUUUAAAUUGCCCAGCUAUUGCUUACCACGAAUGGCACCCAUUUACUAUUACAUCAGCCCCGGAUGAUGAAUAUAUUUCAGUACACAUCAAUAUUGUCGGUAACUGGACCAGAAAGCUUUUCAAACUUUUAAACCCAGAUAAUAAAUUAGGUUUAAUUCAAGAAGAUCUUGCUAAAACACAAAAAAGAGGUAAAAGACAAAUAUUAAAAAUAGAUGGUCCAUUUGGUGCACCUGCAGAAAAUUUCUUCAAAUAUCAAAACCUUGUUUUAGUUGGUGCUGGUAUUGGUGUAACACCAUUUUCAAGUAUUUUAAGACAUCUCAAAAAUCAAAAUGAAAAACAAAACAACUCUGAUGAAGAACACAUCAAAAUUAAAAAAGUUUAUUUUGUUUGGGUAAGUAGACAAAAGAAUUCAUUCCAAUGGUUUACCGACGUUUUAGCAGAACUCGAAAAUGAUGAAAGAAUAGACAGUAUAUUAGAAAUCCAUAUCUUUUUAACAGGUGCUUUAGAUCUAGACGACUAUGCUAAAAUUAAAAAUACCGAAAAUGCAAACUGCCAUAUCACCAACCUACGUACCAAAACUCUAUUUGGAAGACCCAAUUUCCGUUCAAUAUUUAAUCAAAUAUCACAACUUCAUCCAAAGGAAAAGGUUGGUGUUUUCUAUUGCGGAAAUAAAGUUUUAGGAAAGAAUUUAAGUAAAAACUGUAACAAAUUCAAUGGUAAAAAUGGAUGUCACUUAAUAUUCCAUAAAGAAAAUUUCUAG